AUGGAUUUUCUGAAGUCGGUCAUUGAGACCAAGAUGCAGAAGCAGGCGGUCAUUUGUGCUGCUGGCGUAUUUUCAUUGCCAAAUUCAUUCUUGUUAAACAGCAACACGCUAAAACUGGAUUUGCACAAUUUGUGGUGUGUUGGUGUUGCACAGGAAUUGAUUCGGCAACAUAAAUACCCAACCGGCAUGAAGGGCCUUCCGGAUUCUGAGGGACGCGUUUGUGAACAAAGGCUAAAGAGAUCAGUGUCGCUUCCUGCCUCAAAGUCACGCAUCAUUUCUGCCCAUAAUAGCCGAAGUAGCUUUCGUGGGGGAAGCCUUUUUUCAAGCAGUACUUUGGGUGGAGGAAAAAAUAUCUCCCAAGCUCAGAAAUUGGCUGACUUAGACAGUGAGUUGGCAGCAAUGCUGUUCAGUCGAAUGAAAGAUGUUAGCAUCGCAUACCAACACACAAACAGUGAGACAGAUGCUACGCAGAGACGCAAGAAGGAGAGGAUGAUGGCCGUGAGACAGCAUGAGUCACAAGAGAACAGUAACUUAAGAAAAUCACUGAGACUGGCGCAACACGAGGAGCGCACUCAGCACACCAGAGACCUGCAGAUCAUCGAAGCAUAUAGGGAACGAACAAAAGCAGAGAGCAUCUCUAGUAUGCUGAAUCAGGCCAUUACCUCAAAUUAUACCGUCUAUGCCACUCUAGGCACUGCAGAAUUCUUUGAGUUUGAACUUAAAAAUCCGUACAACACCCAGUACACGGUUUCUAUUGAGAUUGAUAGCUCAGACCUUAGUGUGAUUGUGGACACACGGGAAUGGAAACAUUUUAAAGAGUUAACAAAUACAUUAACACCAAUAGAGGAAAAUAUGUUUCACAUGCAAGAAAAUACUCCUCAACUCUAUUUAAGACCUAAGGAGACCGUUUAUAUCCCAUUUAAGUACCAAACCUUUACUGUAGACUACAUGACUAUAUUACAG